GUGCGCGUGGACUGAAUGAAAGUAGCAGAUUGAGCGCAACUUCACGAACGCGUCUCAGGCCGCCUCUAUUGUUGCAGUGUGCUGACGUCUGUUCAACACACAGAGGAUCAUGUAUUGAAGUGUUCAGCCUUGCAUUUUAGGUAGGUCCAGAGCCACUGACUUCAGAUUCAGCUAAACAUCUUUAAGAUUUCACUGUGGAAUUGAAGUCAGCUUCUCCUUGGAUGACCUGAGGGUGAUCCAGCAGAGUGAGUGCUAACAGGUGCUGCGGUCGUGGGCUCUCAGCAGGUAA